AUGGAUGCGAUAUAUGACACCGAAGUUGUAUUUACCGAUAGUUUCGCUCCAAAGCCCCGUCGAACAUUCGUUGUAAACACGAAUGCACCUUUGCAUUCUGUAAACACUAAUGUGGAAGCUUCCUCAGGUGUUUGCACAUUUCCUCCAGAAAGUCAAUUCUCUGACCGAUUUAUUUUGUGGCGAGCAAUAGGCCAGAAAUUGUUUCUGGAAGAGCGAUCGCUGUGCCGUACAAUUGUUGAAGGAACACUAUGUCUAGAUUUCUCCCGAACAGCAAUUCUCCCUGGAACUUCGAUUGCAUUAUUCGAACAAAAUGUGCUGUACAUUGUGGUACCCACACAGUCCACUGUACACCGUUUCUACGCUCGUCUCUUUUGCGAUCCUACAGAAAUGACGACCAAAGAGGCACCCUCUAUUUUCACACAGAUUAACGAGAAGGAUUUCCUUGUUGACAAUCAUACCUUAUAUCAACUAACCACUAGUGGGCAUGCAUUUCGAGCAUCUGUAAUUCAGGAACCUCAUCUCACUAAGAUCGCUUAUUGCAUGACUGAAGGUCAAAUGGUAGUAGUGACACUACACGCAAACAAGUACGACAAGCCAGAGGAAGUGUUAUUCAGAGAGUAUGGGAUUAUGAAGCGCCUUCUUGGUGAAUCGUUCUCAGGCGGCAUCUCCGACGUAUCUGGAUUAGCAGGAGUAAAAGGUUCACAAGGCUCCCACGAAAACAUGUUUUAUGCCGUCUAUCGAGAUGGUAUGCUGAGAGCGUGGAAUGCUGAGACUCAGAAGGUUUACACAAUUGAUGUGUGCAAAUUCGAUGCGACAAUCGACUAUGAAGAAAGUUAUUUGAAGGCGCUUUCUGUGAAAUCCUACCAAUUCGACUCUCAAAUUACCAUAGUCGUGGCCGUCUCAACGACAAAAAACACUCAGUUUCACUUCUUCUCAGAUCGAUAUCGUAAGCUUACACACCUGCUUAGUGUCGUCUCCUGUAACGAUGAAGCAUUGCUGGAUUUUGGAGUAAUGCACAAGAAUGUCGGUCCCCGCGGGCUCUGGGCCCUCUGGAGUUCAAUGUCAACAACAAAUGAGUACAUAGUAAAACACACGGAUAUUGAUUUAUCACUCGGACAGGUAGGAUCGUGGCGAAAAGUACGUCCUUACACAAUACGCAGUGCAGUUUCGUCAACAAUGAGUACGGCCGAGCUCAAAGAUUCCAUCUUUAACGCCGAUUCGCAUCCGUUUGACAUUGUUUUCAGAUCAGUGCAGAUAGUCUGUCAUGGAUCAAGAUGUGAGUGCGCUCAUGGUGACUGGAUGGCUCUGACGGCACAUGUCGAUGCGUAUCUUAGAUCUCCGGAGUUCGAUGCUAAUUACACACAUCGUGGAAAACGAACAAUCAAUUCUUCAUCGAUUGAUGUCCAGAAAGAGGCUGAGCAAAGAUUCUUUCGUUCGCUUGAAUCUACUUGCGAUCAGUUAGAACAAGCCGCCUAUGGUCCCAUAGGCUUGUUCCUUUUGGAUAUGGUCGGUUCGUCAUUGGCUGGAGUAGUGCAGCAGGAUCGCUUUUCUAUUGUUUUGGACGGUGAAACGAAGUUAGUGGAUGAGAUGGAGUCUUGUGCUAGUGGAGUUAUGGAGAAAAUAAUAACCGUCGCUUUAGAGAGAGCAGAGGCAAAGGAAGAAGAUGAACUUGGAGUUGAUGAAUACGAGGUCCUGAAUGGACCUGCUCACAAUUGCACAUCAAUGCGAUCACAAGUGGUGAUCAAGAAGUGGAGUGCAAUCAUUAACUUGUUUCUAGAAAUCACCGAGUCGUCUCCUGCUCGAGAUGGCGAACAUGAAUCUGUGAACUUAUUUGAUGGAUCCUUCACUUGUGGCUUGGUCGCAUCGAGAUUAAGUCAUGUUGUGAGACGACGUUUAGAUAUUGGGCGAAGUCUACUCGCACUUAUCCAACUUUACGCCGAAGACAGUAUGCGCUUUGAAUAUCAGGUGCUUGAUUUUUCUGAUUUGGAGACGAAACUCAUCGCCACUAUCAAUAUGUAUAAACUGUUUGACGCUCAGCUCUCAUUGAAAUUGGCGAGAGAGAACGUCCAAGUUUCUCUGUGCAGUUGGUUUAUGGAUGGUGGAGGUGGUCUUGAGUGGGUGUGUAAAGCUGCCCAUGUCGGCUUACCUGAAGAAGAAACUGGUCUACCCGAGUUUAAUGAGUUUCUUGACAUCAUAGUCAAUGCUGCCCUGCAAGUUCUUUCACCUUAUUCUACUGAUGCAUUACUUCUUAGAUCGCUAACAGUUUACGAGAGAUAUCCAACUUUGAUGAACCUUUGUACGUUGUGUGAAAAUGCUAUCCCGGAAGAACUGCGACCGAUGUUGACAUUCUACAGUGCCAUUGCAUUCUCGGGAACUGGAAAGCCAUUAAAAGCGAUGACACAUUUCAAUUUGGCAUCUAAAGGUAUUACCAAUAUGAAUAAAGCGUUGUUUGUCGCUCUGUCUCCCAUUGGACAACCUUCUCAAGAAAUUAAUCUUGGAGAUUACUAUGUGACGGCGUUGCGUUAUCUUCAUGAACAUCGUCAUAGCGAAGAGGUUGUCGAGAUGGCUCGGAGUGCAGUGGCAUCCUUACCUCCUGGUCACGAGUGUACUUCACGCAUAUACGUGACUCUUUUCAAUCAUCUUGUCAAUCAAGGCAAUUGGUGUGAUGCUCUGCAAAGCAUUAUUCAAAAUACUGAUCCAGAAAUUAAAAGGAUGACAUUGCGUGAACUAAUGUCACGAAUGUUGCAUGCGCGAGACUGGAAAUCAGUUGUAGAACUCUCAUACGGCAGACUUGAAGAGGAGGUGGAAAAUAUCCUCUUAUCUACAGCUAGAGCACAAGAAGCAACUGCUGUGCCACAUCUAUUCAAACUGAUUUUCUCCUUCUACAUGAAAAGAAGUGACUUCGAAAGCGCAGCUCGCGCUCAGUACGAAUACGCGUUUGUUUUGCGGACUCAAGCCGUACAAACACCUGACCUCCUGCUUAGGCGACGUGAUGCACUAGCGGUUGCAUCAACGUUACUAGAUCUUCUUCCUGAACAAGACCGUUUCCUGUCGUUUCCUCAAGAGCUUCUUGAAGAAGUCGAUGGAGACGAAGCAACGGAGCCAUCCUCCGACAUUACACCAGAGAUGAUAGACGUGGCGAUGGGUGACGUAAUCGCUGAUGAGCUGGACAUGGAAGCUCCAAAGCGGGUAGCUGUUCGCAGAAAAAUGUUCAUUCUUACUGCAGAAAAGCUUUGUGAAGAAUGGAUUAUUGCAAAUGCUCGAGUGGCCCUAUUGUCCACUGGCCGAGUUCCACCCACUGAGCCGAAAGAAAUAGUGCGAAGUUUGACUGAAGUCAAAGAUUAUGAUGCUGCUUUCGAUGUGUGCAGGCAUUGUGACGUCCCUAUAUCCGAUGUUCUUUAUGCUGUCACACGAGAGGCAGUUAUGAUCGAUGCUGAUCCACCAGAAGCUCCACCAUCUUGGGUGCAACUGAAUCAACGACGAGCGGAAAAGCGAGGACCUAGAAACCAUUGGGGAGUUGUUCGAGGACUGCUGGCGGCUGCUCGACGCCUCUGGCCGAAUGAUUCACGGCCGCUAAGAGCUAUAGCUCGAGCGUUCCUUAGCCAUAAUGUCCCAAUUCCAUGCUGGUUGGACGCAGAGUAUACGGAAUGCGAUGUUGGUGGUUAUUUGCGUUGUCUCGUCGAAUACGGUGCGGUUGCACAAGGUCUAAAAAUAGCUGUAAAUUGUGUUGAGGAGGAGACUAGGAAGAUUAAAUCUGUUGACUCGAGAGUUUGGCUACCAGUUACUGCAAUUAAUGACUUAUUGACUUUAGGAGUGAAGUGUAAGGAGGUUGCGUUGAUGUCUGCUCUGAAUGAAAAACUCCGUGCACAUUUUACCCGGAUUGAAAGCUUCGAAAAAGUUGCACGACUAUCACAAUGA